CUGUGUGCCCCUCCGCCCCUCAUUUAUGAGGAGACCGAGACCGACUGUCACCCACAGAGAGCGGUCACCGAGUCGGGUGAGGACGGCAUGAUGUGGUCCUUCCUGCCGCUGCUGCUGCUCGCUCUGCUGCGACCCGGCACCACCGGAGCCACACUCACUCAGCAGUGUGACUCUCCCACAGAUGGCACCAUCUACAAUUACCACGCUAAGACUCUAGAUGGCAGAUACACCUAUCAGUACGUGGAACUGAAUGCACUACAAGAGGAGAUGAAACAUCUUGGGCUCAUUGUUCUCGGUUUCCCCUGCAACCAGUUUGGGAAACAAGAACCGGGGAAACCACAUGAAAUCCUUUCAGCUUUAAAGCAUGUGAGACCAGGCGAUGGAUUCGUUCCAAACUUCCUGUUGUUGGAGAAAGGAGAUGUGAAUGGACAGGAUGAGCAGGAGGUUUUCACUUUGCUGAAAAGGGCCUGCCCUCCCGUUGGGGGCGACUUUGGGAACCCAAACGGCAGAUUGUUCUGGGAGCCUUUGAAGAUCAGUGACAUCAAGUGGAAUUUUGAGAAGUUUCUCGCGGGACCAGACGGGAAGCCAGUAAUGAGAUGGCACCCAGCUGUCAACAUAUCGACAGUCCGCGCUGAUAUUCGCAAUUAUCUGUUCAGACUGUACACACAGGAUUUAAAUUAG